CAGCCAUGGAGUUAUGGACAUGGUGAGAAGAAAAUGGAAAACCUCUUUUACCCCCUCAGAGGAGACUUGCCCGUUACGUUUCCUGCGGAACAGGGAAGCACACAGAAAGCUCAUUAAUUUAACUUGUUUGAACGUUGAACAAGAUGGCACGGCAAGCUGCGACUUUUGUGAAGACCCCCGAGGGGACUCCCCAGCGUCUCGCCAGUGCAUGCUCUCUUAAGUCCACAGUUACGCCUCACGUCUCUUUCCAUUCCAUCCCUACGGACCAGUACUUCCGAAGAAAGCCGUACGUGUUUUUGACAGAUCCUGGAUGAUAAAUGUCUAGUUCGCUGUCCAGAAACGAACUGCUUCUGCAGUCGGAUGCGACUGGUGCACACGAGAAAGACGCAGGAAGUGCCGAACCAGUUCAUCCUCCAACGGUCUGUCUACGACGCAGGAGAUCAGGUGAUCGUGAACAACGUAAUCCAGGUUUUCUGUCACAGCGGUCGCCACCGGAACGUCGUUUCGUGCACGCUCGUCGUUCAAGUCACCUUGUAAACUCUAAACGAGUAGUGCAGGGGAACAGCAAAUGUCACUGGUUCUACUUCAGUUCUGCUGGUCGUGUGACGUAUGCAAACUGGCUGACGAGCGCCUUUCAUUGUGGUCUUCUUGUUUGCAAGUAGCCUCUCAAAGGGUCUGCACCUCUUUUUGGGGGGCUGGUUUUACACAGCAAUGCCAAUUUUGAACCCGACUUCCAAAUGAUCGUGGACAUUAACAGAGAACUCUAUCUAAUCUAUUCAGUCAGUUUCCUGCAACGCAGAUGCAAGUAUACAAGCUCUGAAGGGAGACCGGCGAUUGCUUCUGCAACUUCCUCGACCGCACGCGGACAAAGGAGGAAGCCGUUGAGUCAGAUGCAUUGUCAGAAGUGCCCAAAAUGCUCGCAUUUUUUGUAAAGAAGGUGACGCCUGCAGCAGGCGCGGAGAUUGUCAGUUUAUCCUGGCAAAACUACUCGGGAUAUCUGGCACUCGGGUUCCGGGAUGGCAUGCUCAAAGUACUCGACGCCGCUCACAUUGCGGAAUCCGUACCGAAGGAUGCACCGAAGGCCGAAGAUGGAGGCGGUAGCCGCUCACGGAUUGAAAGUACAAUAAAUCAUAUUCAGACGCUUUCUUCUGGGAAAGAUUCAGAGGCGAAGCAUGCUGCGGAUGUUCACCUUGUGGCAUGGAACGAAAAAGAGAACAGCUUGACGUCCGCGGACCAGGCUGGGUGUGUUGCGAUCUGGAAAGCGGAAGGCAGCCAGUGGGUGAACGAGUUGACAAACAUCGAUACCUCGAAGAAAGUCGUGCAUGUCGCGUGGGCACCGGAUGGGAAGAAAAUCUGCAUUCUUGCCGCGGAUGGAAAUCUGGUUCUCGGCACAGCCGACGGCAAGCGCUUGUGGAGUAAAGACCUGAAGCGCGCCAUGACUCGGGCAGCAUGGUCGCCGGACGGCCGGAAAAUACUUCUUUGCUCCAUGACAGGCGAAAUUGUUUUCUACGACAACGAAGGUUUAUACAGCCAUAGACUUCGCACACAACUCGCCGACAACCCCGAAGACAGAGCAGAACCUCUUCUGCCCGUUGCAGGUAUCCACUGGCGAAGAGUCACGAGUCAACAGAACAGUGGCGAAGCUGAGGCUCCGACGCUGGCAAUUGCGUACGAAAACGGACUUGUUCAGCUUUUCCGCAGCGAUGCCGACGAAAGCCCCCUAACGUUCGAUGCCUGUCUACACCGCUGCCUGUCUAUCCAGUGGCACCCUACGCAUCCUAUUUUAGCGGUUUUCGGAGAAUCCAGACUCCUCCAUCCCGACGCACGUGACUGCAGACUUUCUCAACCCACAACACCUCACAGUUGUAUGAUUCGGUUCUACAGCGUCGAGCAGAAAAGGCACCUUUACACACUUGUCGUACCCAAACAUGAAGCGGGGUCGGCCUUUAGCUGGGAUGCGCAUGGAGAACGUUUGGCUGUUGCCUCAAAGGGCGCUGUUCUCUUCGCAACAUUCCGCAUGAAAACACCGGCAGCGUAUUUCGCUCAGACACUAAUUUACACACAAACUGGGAUGCUGUCACGUCAACAGGCGCUAUCACUUUGGUUCUGGAACGUUGACACCAAUAGCAAACAUCUUAGGUCCCUGCGGGCACCUGUUCGGCAUCUGCUUGGUUCCACGCAGUGCUGUGUUGUUAUAACCGAUGCACACGAGGAAGACGGGACGACUGAAGCUGUGGCGAAUUCUCGGCCGGGAGGAAAUUCGGCGGCAGACCCUCCAAAAAACGACGUGGGAAAGCAGUACGCGAUUAGCCUCUACAAUAGCAUUGCCGAGCCAAUGAAAACAACGUACACUGAAGUCGAGCCGGAGUUUGCAGCCGUAACUGAUGACCACGUUCUUGUUGCGGAUUCUCGUCGGGUGUUUCUUUGGAAAUUCGCAGCAAGUAGAGCAGACAGGGCUGAUGGGGCGCCGCACAAAGUGAGCGUAGAUAGUUCGAAACCCCAGAUUGGAACGACCAGCAACAUAGGAAGCGCCGCGGCGUCUUGCUCCAUAAUGGCCAUCCUCGAGGAAAGCGAAGGAUCACGUUGCUUAGGUCGGAGAGAAACAAUUGUUGAAGUCGAGACAGUCCUUAGUCAGGAAGCGACAGAAGAUACCAAACACGCCACAGCGAUACGAAAUUGCGUAGGAAGGCAGUCACGGUGGGGAAGAGGGGAUAAUCCCGCUGGAAAUCCAAUUGUUGCUCUCGCCGCCAUCAACGGCUGCUUUGUCGUGGCCAGGAGAAAUGGGGAACUUCGCCGAUAUUCAUUGCCAUUCGCGCAACUGGAAGCCACCUGUAAUACAGAAACACUUCCUCUGUCAAUUUACUUGAACUGCGAUGCGACACGCUUGGCCAUCGUAGAUAUCUUCAACAAUUUCGGAUUGCGGAACGCGAGUGUGUCUUCCCCCCAUUUGUCAAAAGAAGAGACAACAGAGACGACGGAAUCAGGUCACCGCAACGCAGAAAGGAGUUCGUUUGGAGCCCCUUUAAACUUCACGAGACAAGAUGUGUGUGAUGUUUUGUGGUCCCGCGAUGAGGCGGAUCACUUCGCUAUGAUGGAGAAGAGCACCAUUUAUCUUGUCAGAGGGACAACGCUAGAGGAACCCCUGAGGCGCUCCGCAUCCUUCCUUGGUGAUCUGCACCAGUUGCGGCUCGAGCUCUUUGAUUUGGAUGAGCUCCAGAAGACAUCCGCAGAGCCGAACGCACGACUUCACAGGCUCCAGUACGAAACCAAGAGAUUACGCGACACACGCGACAUCCUCGAGAAGGCACGCGAACUCGACGACGCGAUCACUUACGCCGAAAACGCAUCUCAUCCCUCUCUUUGGAAGCUCAUCGCUCAAAACGCUCUUGAACAGAUGAAACUCGAAAUCGCCGAGAAGGCAUUCGUCAACUGCCAGGACUACUGGGGUUUGCAGUUCAUAAAGCGAAUUCGUGCGCUGAACGAGGAACAACGGGAGGCGGAGGUUCGUGCAUACUUUGGGGACUUUGAUCGGGCAGAAUCUCUGUACCUCGCGACGAAUCGCCGUGACCUCGCCCUCUCUUUGCGGUCAGCGGUCGGCGACUGGCGCCGCGUUAUUGAGUUGGGACGCGCGCCACCUGACUCGGACUUCGUGUGCACUUCGGUGCUGCAGAGGGCGACGAAGGCGCUCGGAGACAGCUGCCGAGAACAGGGCCAGUGGCGAGAAGCCAUUGAAGCGUACCGGUCUAUCCGUGAUCACCGCGCCCUCGCACAGGCCUACUACAACACAGAGCAGUUUGACGAACUGGAAAAUCUGGUUGGAGAUCUCCUGCCGGAGACAGAUCGAGAGUUGCUUCUCGAGAUUGGCGAAAAAUUCGCCUCCGUCGGUCUGUGUCCUGCGGCCGUGCGAGCCUUCAUGAAAGCGGGGGAUACGCAAGCAGCAAUCGACUGCUGCAUCCGCUUGAAUGAGUGGGACACUGCCGUUACACUUGCCGAGCAAGGCCGUUUCCACCAAAUCGAACCCCUUCUCACAAAAUGCGCUGGACACUUGCUGGAACAGAACAAGCACAUGCAGGCAGUGCAACUCUACCAACGGGCUGGGAAGCCAUUGGAGGCAGCUAAAAUCCUCAUGCAACUCGCUGCUCUCGGCGAAGGCUAUGCUCAUCAACCUGGGAUACAGUCUCCGCAAUACAAGCCGGAGAGAAAGAAAAAGCUGUACGUGCUCGCGGCACUAGAAGCUGAGAAGAUCACGGAUAAAACGCUCCAAGGCGUUCUUCAGGUGCAGUCCCCCGCAAGGCGGACGUCAAGAGGACCAUCGCCUUCUUCCGACGUUUUGAGGAAUUCAGGAAUGAGUGACAGCGAGGCAACUGGUGCUGAGAAAAACGCAGGUGGGGUGGAAAAGGACAAACGAUUUUGUGAUGCACGCUUGGUAGUUGAAACUGGGACCUCUGCUCCGACGUCGGAGUUACAGUCUCAGACUUAUGCGUGCCAUAUGACCCAAGUACACAAACAAUUGAUUAACGGAGCCUACGACGCGGCUGUAUGCACAGCUGUGCAGUUGACGGAGCAUUCCGAUUUUAUUGACGGUUUAACUGCCUUUAGCGUCCUUGCACUCGCCAGCUUCUACGCACGCAACUGGGAGCUCUGUUCCAAAGCGUUUAUGUUUCUGGAAAACUCUGGCGAUGUGCCGACAGAGCAGAGAGAGGCCUUCGCGGAACUCGCUGUCGAAAUCUUCAGUCGACACCCGCCCGCUCACGAAAAUGAAAACCCUCCUCUCUGCACCUUGGUCGUCCCAUACACCAGGUUGAUCCAGCAGCUCGUCGAGCUACUAACGACUUUGGUGGAACAGCGUCACAGUGUGUCUCGGCUGAGCAAGAAUUGCUAUCAUGCCGCACAUGUCGUCACAGAAUGUUUGUUGUAG